AUGGGCAUCGUCUCCCUGUGUGCAGUGUCCUCCACAACGUGGUCAAAAACCAUUCCUGGUAAGGUUGAAUUCUUCUCCAGCGAGGGUUCGGACACCUCUAUUCCCAUCCCCAUCGUGCCGCUUCCAGGUGUAGAUGACUCUUACCCACCCCAGAAGAAGUCUUUUAUGAUGCUCAAAUACAUGCAUGACCACUACUUGGACAAAUAUGAAUGGUUUAUGAGAGCCGAUGACGACGUUUACAUCAAAGGGGACAAACUGGAGAACUUCCUCAGGAGCCUGAACAGCAGCGAGCCCCUCUUUCUCGGGCAGACUGGCCUCGGCACCACGGAAGAGAUGGGGAAGCUGGCGCUGGAACCGGGUGAGAACUUCUGCAUGGGGGGCCCAGGCGUGAUCAUGAGCCGGGAAGUGCUGCGGAGGAUGGUGCCUCACAUUGGCGAGUGCCUGCGCGAGAUGUACACCACGCACGAGGACGUGGAAGUGGGCAGAUGCGUGCGGAGGUUUGCAGGAGUGCAGUGUGUUUGGUCCUACGAGAUGCAGCAGCUGUUUUAUGAGAACUACGAGCAGAACAAGAAAGGCUACAUCAGAGACCUGAGGAACAGCAAAAUACACCGCGCCAUAACGCUGCACCCCAACAAGAACCCGCCCUACCAGUACCGGCUGCACAGCUACAUGCUGAGCCGCAAGAUCGCGGAGCUCCGGCACCGCACGGUGCAGCUGCACAGGGAGAUCGUGCUCAUGAGCAAGUACAGCAACACGGAGAUCCACAAGGACGACCUGCAGCUGGGCAUGCCCCCCUCCUUCAUGAGAUUCCAGCCUCGGCACCGAGAGGAGAUCUUGGAGUGGGAGUUUCUUACGGGGAAGUAUCUGUAUUCCGGAGCCGACGGACAGCCCCCUCGGAGAGGGAUGGACUCUUCUCAGCGCGAGGCGUUGGACGACAUCGUUAUGCAGGUCAUGGAAAUGAUCAACGCGAACGCCAAGACCCGCGGGAGGAUCAUAGAUUUCAAGGAAAUCCAGUACGGCUAUCGCAGGGUGAAUCCCAUGUACGGAGCGGAGUACGUGCUUGACCUGCUGCUUCUGUACAAGAAGCACAAGGGCAAGAAGAUGACGGUGCCGGUGAGGAGGCACGCGUACCUGCAGCAGACCUUCAGCAAGAUCCAGUUCAUGGAGCACGACGAGAUGGAUGCCAAGGAGCUGGCCAGCAAAAUUAACCAGGAUUCGGGAUCCUUGUCGUUCCUCUCCAAUUCGCUGAAGAUGUUUGUCCCAUUCCAGCUCACCGGGUCGAAAGUGGAAAGGAAAGAACUCAAAGACAAGAAGAUCAACAUCCUCAUCCCUCUCUCCGGACGCUUGGACAUGUUUGCAAGGUUCAUGGGGAACUUUGAAAAGACGUGCCUCAUCCCCAACCAGAACGUCAAGCUGGUCGUGCUGCUCUUCAACUCCAACUCGAACCCCGACAAGGCGAAGCAGCUGGAGCUGAUGCGGGAUUACCGCUCCCGGUACCCCAAGGCUGACAUGCAGGUCCUGCCCGUGUCCGGGGAGUUCUCCAGGGCCCUGGCUCUGGAAGUCGGAUCUUCUCAGUUUCAGAACGAGUCUUUACUCUUCUUCUGCGAUGUUGACUUAGUGUUCACCACAGAGUUCCUCCAGCGGUGCAGAGCCAACACGGUUCUGGGUCAGCAAGUUUACUUCCCAGUCAUUUUUAGCCAGUACGAUCCAAAGAUUGUUUAUAGUGGAAAAGUUCCUAGUGACAAUCAUUUUGCCUUCACCCAGAAAACAGGUUUCUGGAGGAACUAUGGCUUUGGUAUCACCUGUAUUUACAAAGGCGAUCUCCUUCGAGCAGGCGGCUUCGACGUCUCCAUCCAAGGUUGGGGCCUUGAAGACGUAGACCUAUUUAACAAAGUAAUUCAAGCUGGCUUAAAAACUUUCCGAAGCCAAGAAAUUGGAGUAGUCCAUGUACAUCAUCCCGUUUUUUGUGACCCUAAUCUUGAUCCAAAACAAUAUAAAAUGUGCUUGGGGUCCAAAGCUUCAACGUAUGGGUCCACGCAACAGCUGGCUGAACUAUGGUUUGAAAAAAAUGACCCAAGUUUUGGGAAAAGCAGCAAUACUAAUGGCUCAGUGAGGACAGCCUAAUGUCCAGCUAUGCUGGAAAAGACUUUUUUUUUUUAAUUAUCUAAUUUAUUUUUGGGAAAAUGUUUUUUGAUAGUUCACUUUUAAAAGACCACACAGGAUAUAUUUUAGAAAUCAUUGUUGUUUUCUUACAAAGAGCUCGUUUUGAGAAGAACAAGGCUGUUGGGUUUCUUUGUUGUUGUGUUUUUGUUUUUAAACAAAACUGUGAUCAAUAUUUGCCUUCAAACAGAAAUUUGUUUAAGAAUGAUCUGACGGAUCUGCAGGAGUCUGACUUGAAUUAGAAUUUCCUUAUGAACAAAAGAUUGUUUUUUUCUACCUUUUCCGUUGCUGUCUUCGUUGCUAGGAUUCUGUAAAUUGGGACGUGAAUGUUGGAACAAAGUGACAAAACGCUGUAUCGAAAUGUUUUGUUGUGACUGCUGCAUUACGGAGAGUCGACUUCUUGUUAAAAAUAGCCAUUAUUUAAAAAAAUUGCGUUAGAACAAAACCAGUCAGCG